GAGCGCGCCCCGGCAGGAUGCCCGAGAUCAGGGUCACUCCCUUGGGAGCCGGACAGGAUGUGGGCCGAAGCUGCAUCCUGGUCUCCAUUGCGGGCAAGAAUGUCAUGCUGGACUGUGGGAUGCACAUGGGCUUCAAUGACGACAGGCGCUUCCCCGACUUCUCCUACAUCACGCGCAACGGCCGGCUGACCGACUUCCUGGACUGUGUGAUCAUCAGCCACUUCCACCUGGACCACUGCGGGGCGCUCCCCUACUUCAGCGAGAUGGUGGGCUACGACGGGCCCAUCUACAUGACCCACCCCACCCAGGCCAUCUGCCCCAUCCUGCUGGAGGACUACCGCAAGAUCGCCGUGGACAAGAAGGGAGAGGCCAACUUCUUCACCUCCCAGAUGAUCAAGGACUGCAUGAAAAAGGUGGUGGCCGUCCACCUCCACCAGACGGUCCAGGUGGACGAGGAGCUGGAAAUCAAGGCAUACUAUGCGGGCCACGUGCUGGGGGCCGCCAUGUUCCAGAUCAGAGUGGGCUCUGAGUCGGUGGUCUACACGGGCGAUUAUAACAUGACUCCGGACCGGCAUCUGGGAGCUGCCUGGAUCGACAGAUGCCGCCCCAACCUGCUCAUCACGGAGUCCACGUAUGCCACGACCAUCCGCGACUCCAAGCGCUGCCGGGAGCGAGACUUCCUAAAGAAGGUCCACGAGACCGUGGAGCGUGGCGGCAAGGUGCUGAUCCCGGUGUUUGCGCUGGGCCGUGCUCAGGAGCUCUGCAUCCUGCUGGAGACCUUCUGGGAGCGCAUGAACCUGAAGGCGCCCAUCUACUUCUCCACGGGCUUGACGGAGAAGGCCAACCACUACUACAAGCUCUUCAUCACCUGGACCAACCAGAAGAUCCGGAAGACCUUUGUGCAGAGGAACAUGUUCGAGUUCAAGCACAUCAAGGCCUUCGACCGCGCCUUUGCCGACAACCCGGGCCCGAUGGUCGUGUUUGCCACACCAGGGAUGCUGCAUGCUGGCCAGUCGCUGCAGAUCUUCCGGAAGUGGGCGGGGAACGAGAAGAACAUGGUCAUCAUGCCUGGCUACUGCGUGCAGGGCACUGUGGGCCACAAGAUCCUCAGCGGGCAGCGCAAGCUGGAGAUGGAGGGGCGGCAGGUGCUCGAGGUCAAGAUGCAAGUGGAGUACAUGUCAUUCAGCGCCCACGCGGACGCCAAGGGCAUCAUGCAGCUGGUGGGCCAGGCGGAGCCGGAGAGCGUGCUGCUGGUGCACGGCGAGGCCAAGAAGAUGGAGUUCCUAAAGCAGAAGAUCGAGCAGGAAUUCCGGGUCAGUUGCUACAUGCCGGCCAAUGGCGAGACGGUGACACUGCCCACGAGCCCCAGCAUCCCUGUGGGCAUCUCGCUGGGGCUGCUGAAGCGGGAGAUGGCACAGGGGCUGCUCCCUGACGCCAAAAAGCCCCGGCUCCUGCACGGCACCCUAGUCAUGAAGGACAAUAACUUCCGGCUCGUGUCCUCAGAGCAGGCCCUCAAGGAGCUGGGCCUGGCUGAGCACCAACUGCGCUUCACCUGCCGCGUGCAUCUGCACGACCCUCGCAAGGAGCAGGAGAUGGCCUUGCGCGUCUACAGCCACCUGAAGAGCGUCCUCAAGGACCACUGCGUGCAGCACCUUCCCGAUGGCUCCGUGACUGUGGAGUCCAUCCUCAUUCAGGCCGCUGCCCACUCAGAGGACCCAGGCACCAAGGUGCUGCUGGUCUCCUGGACCUACCAGGACGAGGAGCUGGGGAGCUAUCUCACGUCCCUGCUCAAGAAGGGUCUGCCCCAGGCUCCCAGCGGAGGCAGCUGACCAGCCACCGCCGCCCUCUGCCCAGCCAUAGGGACGUGGGCUUCCACUCCAGGACCAUGUUUCAGCCUUGGGUCUCCCCUCUGCGGGUGUGAAGCCCACAGGUGGCCACAGCCUUCGUCCGUGGGGACCAGUGUCACAUGUCUGCCCAAGUGGGCGUUUUCGGCUGCAGAAAUAAAUGGCUCUGAAGCCCCUUUACCUUUUA